GCGGAGGACGGCGCGUCGCUUUACGGCUCAUGUCCGUUUCCUCAAUGAGCCAGAAAUGAAGGAAAAGUCCAAAAAUGCCGCAAAGACACGAAGAGAAAAGGAAAAUGGUGAAUUUUACGAGCUGGCCAAGCUGCUGCCGCUCCCCUCCGCCAUCACCUCUCAGCUGGACAAGGCGUCUAUCAUCCGGCUGACCACCAGCUACCUGAAGAUGCGCGCUGUCUUCCCCGAUGGUCUGGGAGAGGCCUGGGGUCAGUCUGCGCGGGUCAGUCCUCUGGACAUCAUGGCUAAAGAUCUGGGCUCUCACCUGCUGCAGACGCUGGACGGGUUUGUGUUUGUCGUCGCGUCUGACGGUAAAAUAAUGUACAUUUCAGAGACCGCUUCAGUACACCUGGGAUUGUCACAGGUGGAGCUGACCGGAAACAGUAUCUUUGAGUACAUCCAUCCGUCAGAUCAUGAUGAGAUGAGCGCAGUGCUGAGCACACACCAGCCGCUGCACACACACUUCCUGCAGGAGCUGGAGCUGGAGCGCUCAUUCUUCCUGCGUAUGAAGUGUGUGUUGGCGAAGAGGAACGCGGGACUGACGAGCGGCGGAUACAAGGUGAUCCACUGCAGCGGGUACCUGCAGGUGCGUCCGCUGGUGCUGGAUGUGUCCGUGUGCCAGUCCUGUUGCCAGCUGGUGGCGGUGGCGCACUCUCUGCCCCCCAGCGGCCUCACCGAGAUCAAACUGCACAGCAACAUGUUCAUGUUCAGAGCCAGCCUCGACCUCAAGCUCAUCUUCCUGGACAGCAGGGUGUCAGAGUUAACAGGACACGAGCCGCAGGACCUGAUAGAGAAGACUCUGUACCAUCACGUGCACGGCUGCGAUGUCUUCCACCUGCGCUUCGCUCAUCACCUGUUGCUGGUGAAGGGCCAGGUGACCACCCGUUAUUACCGUCUGUUGUCGAAGCGCGGCGGCUGGGUGUGGGUGCAGAGCUGCGCCACCAUCGUCCACAACAGCAGAUCUUCCCGACCGCACUGCAUCGUCAGUGUGAACUACGUGCUGACGGAUGUGGAGUACCGAGAGCUGCAGUUGUCGGAGGAUCAGCGCAGAUGCAGACUGAGCUAUAAAGACUGUCUGACAGCGGAGCAGAACACACACACACACACACAGAUGAAGAGCAAAGCAGCCAAGACCAGGAGCAGACCCAGAGCUGCACCGUACACACAGGUGUCGCUGUGUCGCGUGGAUAAAGCAGAGUGUGUGUUGUGGAGCUCCAGUCCUCCGUCCUGUCAGCAGCAGCAGCAGAGCCCCGGGCCCCUGACCCCCGCCGGCCCCCAGCCCUGCGCAUACACACUGAGCCCCAGACGGCGGGGCUCCUCCGCACCGCAGACCUGCAGAGAUGAGCCCUGGAGCUGCAGCGCCACCCAGAAUAAACCUGCAGCCGGCUGCACAUACUCAGGAGUGCUGCUGGGCGGAGCCUGUAAGGAGUCGUCGGGCCUGAUCCACCGCCUGCAGCCAGACACACAGCGGCGCAGACUGACGCAGUCACCGUAUGAGGAGGGAAACACACACAGGGCCCCGGGGCCGGCUGAUGGGGACAGCAGGAGGCUCCUGCUGGGGGUCCGAGUCCCUGCUCAGGGCCCGCUUGUCUCCCUCAACCUGCACCACUGCCUGCUGUCCAAACACAGCUCUGUCCCGCCGGCACCGUACACUCACCGUGGAGAGCAGCGGACCCCAUACCUGCAGCAGAGCCCCAGUCUGGCCCCCACCGGCCCCCGAGGGCCACACUACAUCAGCACCUCCGUCAUCAUCAGCAGCGAGAGGUGACACUGUGGGCGUAAAUCACACACUGCAGAACUCCAGGAUACCUCAGCCAUCACACACACACACACACACACACACACACACACACACACACACAGAAGAGGAAGUGUGUGUUCGUAAGGUGUGCCUGAACACUGAGAUAUGCAAGUGUGUCCUGACUGACACAGUAAUACACACGCUGCACUGCAGACACUGAGCCGUCAUUCACUCAUCAUCGAUGCAUCACAGCACUCACUGCAUUCAGUGUGUCUGAGCACCUGUGAACAGGGAACCCAGGAGCUGGACCUGCUCUACCCAGACUGAGCUGCAUGAACUGCCCUCUGCUGCAUUAGUUCUGCUUUUCUGUUGUGUUUCCGGUGCUCCUCCAGUUUUCUGUAGCUGGACCACCAAUCUCACAGGUUUGUGUCGAUCAAGAAGCACCAAAUAUUGUGUUGUUUCAGAAAUAAUGUCAAAAUGAAGUGAGACUUUCCUAAAACAAGACAAGUAACCUGCCAAUGAGCUGAGAGAGAUAAUCCUAUAUCAAGGGGAAAAACAUCGCUCUGCUACCCUCUUUGGCAGAUUAUCUUGCUGGUUUUAAGCAAAAACACUUAAUUUUGACUCAUUAUAUCUAAAACAAUGUUUUGCUGAUCUAAAUAAUGCUUCAUCAUCUACAACCGCAAACCAGAACCGGUUGGGUCAGCGUGGAAAACACAGAUAAAACAGACAGUAGAGAUUUCUAAAUGUACUCUGACUUGUGUUUGAUUACAGACGGUACAACAGACGGUAUUCACUGUGUUCCUCAUGAUUUCUUUAAAUAAACACAAACUCCAAUGUUGUUCCUGCAACACAUUUCAGAAACCGUAUCAGUAAAGCAUUUCCCACUGUGUAAUGUUGCCGUUCCUCUUCACAACACUUACAGACGUUUAGGGACUGAAGACACCGAGUGAUGAAGAGUUUCAGCUGUAAUUCUGUCCUGUUCUUCCUGCACACAAGUCUUACGGUGGGCAACAGUACGGGGUCUUCAUUGUGGCAUUUCGGGCUUCAAAAUGCGCCACACAUUCUCUAUUGGAGACAGGUCAGGACUGCAGGCAGGCCAAAUCAUUCCCUGCCUCCUCCUCCGCAGCAGGACUCUGUAAUGUGUGCUGAAUGUGGUUCUGCAUUGCCUUGUUGAACUCUGCAUCGGGUCUCUGGAGAAGAAGGCAGCAUAUUGAGCUCCAGAAUCUCUCGGUGCUGUUCAGCAUUAAUGGAGCAUCACAGAAGAGCAGGUUACCUUGGCCAAGAGCACUGACACAACCCCAGACCAUCACAGACCCUGGCUUCUGGACUUGUUGCUGGUAACAGUCUGGAUGAUGCUCUUCUUUGGUCCGGAGCACACGGCGUCCAUUUCUCCUGAAACACCUGAAACACUGCUUCAUCUGAGCACAGUACACGUCUCCACUGUGUGAAGCUCGAUCCCAGACACCUUCGAGCCCAGAGAAGUGGACGGCGCUUGUGGACACUGUUAACAUAGGGCUUCCUUUUGGCACAGUACAGUUUUCUCAGGCGUUUGUGGAUGUGACUCUGUAUUGUGGUACUUGUCAAAGGUUUACCGCAGUAGUCCUGAGCCCGUGUGCUGAUCUGGCUUAUAGAUGAAUGAGGAUUCUUGAUGCGGCGCCCCCUGAGGGGUCGGAGGUCACGGUUGUUCAGCUUAGGCUUGCGCUCUUGUCCUUUACGCACUGAAACUCCUCCAGAUUCUUCAAUCUUUAAUGAUGUUCUGCACUGUUGAAGGUGAAAUAUCCACAUGUCUUCCUCUCUUUCUCUGAGGAACAUUGUGUUUACACAGUUCAAUCCUCGGCCCAUCUCUGCUCCUAAAGGACUAGACCUUUACUGAUGCUGCUUUAGUAGCAGAUCACCUGUGGACAUCACCUGUGUCUCAUCAUUAUUCAGCAGUUCACCUGAUCGCUGCCCUCACCUGCUCCUGGCACUGUUUCUGGAGUGUGUUGCAGGAAAAGGCGUAAUUAAAUCAUGAGGAACACAUUAAAUCAUGUUUGUUGUUUCGUCUGAAAUCAAACACAAGUGGAAGUACAUUCAGAAAUGUCCAACUGUUUCUGAUUUGGGGUUGUAAGAAUGUUUAGAUAUUUGGGUUAAAGGCAAGACAGAAACUCUGAGUGAGCAGCAGUAUUGCAGUGCAGUAGGAGAGCGAUGGCCAUAUUUAUUGGUGUCGACCACAUUAUUUAUGCUGGAACCCAAGCGUCUGAGAUGUGCAGCGAACGCUACUCGAUGAUGCUAAAAUGAAUGAAGCUAGAUGGCUUCGAUCUCAAUAAACAUAAG